AUGUUGGUCAACGGCGAGGCCCAGCGCGCGAAUGGCGCAUACUCCAGUCCCCUCGUCAACGACUACCCCAAACCUUUGAAGAUCGCCAUCGUCGGCGCUGGCAUUGGUGGUCUGAGUGCCGCCAUCGCUCUUCGCCGGCAAGGUCAUCAAGUGGAUCUGUAUGAGCAGUCGAGGCUCAGCAACGAGACCGGCGCCGCCGUGCACCUGGCGCCCAACUCCAACGGCCUUUUGAGGAGAUGGGGCAUCUACGCGGAAACCUUCGGCGGAAACCCGGCGAGCCACUUCAAGGAGAGGGACCAACACAACAAGGGCGGCUUCGACGUCGACAUCUCAAAGUCCAACGGCCGCUGGCAGCACCCGUGGCAGCUCGUCCACCGAGCGUACCUGCACAACGAGAUCCGAGCCGUCGCCACCGCGGAGGACGGUGCCACGCCCGCGGCGAAGGUGCACGUCGCGUCUAAGGUCGUCGGCGCGGAUCCCGAGAAGGGCGUGCUUCAGCUGGAAGACGGGACGAGUAUCCAGGCGGAUGUCAUUCUUGGCGCCGAUGGUAUUUACUCCAAGACGAGAAAGUUUGUCACCGGCACCGACUACAAGCUCUUCCGCUCGGGCAAGGCGGCGUUCCGCUUCCUCAUUCCCCGCGCCGCUGCCGACCAAGACCCCGUCACCGCGCCUCUCAUCGACAAGAUGAACCAGCUCGGUAUCUGGUUUGCUCAGGACAGGCGGAUCGUCAUUUACCCCUGCAACGACAACCAGCUCCUGAACUUUGUGUGCAUUCACCCCGACGAAGAAUCUCACGCUACUGCGAGUGACGAGUGGAACAAGAAGGGCUCAAUCGAGCAGCUUCUCAAAGUUUACAAGGACUUCGACCCGGCAUUACUGGAACUCAUCAAGAAGGUCCAUCCUGACGAGGUCAACGUUUGGCAGUUGUUGGAUAUGGAGCCCAUGCCGACCUGGACGAACGGCAAGCUGGCACUUCUGGGCGACGCUGCUCACCCCUUCACACCUCAUCAAGGCCAAGGAGCCGGCCAGGCUAUGGAGGACGGCGCAGCACUUUCAGUCGUGCUACCCAAGGGCACUUCUCCCGAAGAGGUCCCAGAGCGCCUUCGUCUCUACGAGAAGAUCCGAUUGACCCGCGCCCACACCAUCCAGGAAUACUCCCGCCAGGCCGGCAAGGACAGGAUACCCGGCGCCCCUCCAGCUGUUGAGAUGAUGACCUACCAAAACUACAACUUCGGCCACGACGAGUACGACCACGCGACCAAGAUCUACAACCGCUGGCUGUGGAGCAAGAAGAAGGACAUGUACUGGCGCAUGCCCAUCGGCUACGGCCCCUUCCCGGGCCCCCGCCAAGACGCCCUCGGCCGCAGACAGCCCGGCGAGGCCGAGCGCACCUUCACGACCAUGUCCGUCAAGUUCCUGACCUCCCGCACCUUCCUCGAGAACAUCCUCCCGACCGACUCCUUCCGCUUCAAGGACCCGGGCACCGUCUGCUCCGCCUCGCUCUCCGUCACCAGGCUGAACAACAUGUCCUGGCUCGGCGGCGGCGGCUACAACCACCUCGGCCUCUACAUCCACGGCAUCGAGUACCUGAAGAAAGACGGCACCGCCAUCAACGGCACCCACCUCUCGGUGCUCUUCGAGUCCCUGACGGACCCGAUCGUCUCCGGCCGCGAGGAGCUCGGCAUGCCGAAGCUGUUCUGCGACAUUGACCUCGAGACGCACGCCACGGGGGCCAGAGUUAAGGCUUCGUGGAGGGGGACCGCCUUCGCAGACAUCUCGCUCAGGGGGCUGCGGAAGGACGACCCGGCGACGGAGCACGGCACCAUCGGCGGCGAGGCGGACUACGGCAUCCUCACGUACCGGUACAUCCCGUCGGUCGGGGAGCCCGGCAAGGCGGACGCCGAGUACGCGUGCGUGGUGCCGCACGAGGAGGAGGCGCGCGACGUCCCCGCGACGGUGCACGCCGUGUCGAGGUCGUCCGACGUCAAGGUGAAGAUGGAGGGGCACGACUGGGAGAAGCUGCCCACGCUGCACCACAUCGCCAAGUUCCUGUCGGAGAUCCCCAUCUACGAUUUCGUGAGCGCGAAGGUCGUGGAGGGGACCGGGGUGCCUAAUGUUUCGUCGGCGAGGAGGAUAGAGUGA